UGCAAUUGUCUCUCUUCCCCUUGAUAUCUCUCCUCCUUGGAUGACCUCUUGAUUCUUGCUAUUUACACCUCUUCCCUGACUAUUUCCCAUUGUUUUACGCCCUUCGCCACGGCGGUUUUCCAUUGGACCGGGGUUAAACGGUGUUUAUUACUUUUCCUCCGUCCGAUCUGUCCCUUUCCACCGCUGCUUAUUCUCCUCGGAUUUUUCGGUAUAUAACGUGUCUCCUGUCUUGUUGUGCUUGAGUGACAGAUUAUCCCCUCUGUCACUCUGGUUCAACCGUGGCAAAGUGUCGACCGCGCGACUCCCCUCCUUGAGCUCCCAGGUCUCCCGACCCUGGUCCACACGCUCCUUCACGAUCCCUCGCCGCUUUACCUCUUCCUCUUCGAUGACCUCUGAAUCGUUGAAUUCCGGAGACGAUCUGUCAGGUCAAGAGCCCCCCAUGUCGUCGCACCAAGAGGACGUCCCGCAUGCCGCGCGCGGCACGGCCGCGACGCCGGGGCCUUCAGCGUGGUUUCCCCUCGGCUACCGAGAAGGCUUUAGUCAAUGGUGGGCGUGUCUCCCGGCCGCCGCAGCCGAGCAUAAAGUGCUCUCCCACCUUCCCUAUCUCCAGCAACAGCCCCCGACCCACCUGCAGACGGGCAAGACGGCCAGUACCCCCAGUGGCGGCCCCGGCAGCCUGCAGUCGGUCGACCAAAGCCAGCAGGGUGAGGUGUCGGCCAGCUCCUUCGACGACCCGUACGGCCCCCGUCUGUGGCGAUCCAGCAUGGUCGAGCUGGCGGGCAAGAAUCGCGCCCUGAACGAGUUCUCCGUCGAGCGAGUCGGGGAAGAAGCCGACCAACACCUGGUCAUGCUGCACGGGUACGGCGCCGGGCUGGGGUUUUUCUACAAGAACUUUGAGCCGCUGAGUCGGCUGAGAGGGUGGCAACUGCAUGCGCUAGACUUACUCGGCAUGGGCCGCAGCACACGGCCCGCCUUCCGCAUCGAUGCCAAGUCCCGCGAAGACGCCAUCAAAGAGGCGGAGGACUGGUUCAUCGACGCGUUAGAAGAGUGGCGCAUCAAGCGCAAGAUCGACCGGUUCACCCUACUGGGCCACAGCCUGGGUGGCUACAUGGCGGUGGCCUAUGCGCUGAAGUACCCCGGCCGGCUGAACAAGCUCAUCCUCGCCUCUCCCGUGGGCAUUCCCGAAGACCCGAACGCCAUGCGGGCGGAUCUGCCCGAGCCCACCGAGUCCAGCUCCGUCAGCGAUCCGGCCCAAGAUCCCCCGCGCAUCGCGCAGUCGGCCUCAGCCGUCCCGACGGAGCAACAAAAGGGCGACAACAACAUCCUCCUCAAGGGCGCGCCCACCACCUCGCCCAACGACCCCCGCCCGCGCCGGAUGGUGCCCAAGUGGUUCGCCUACCUGUGGGACGCCAACAUCUCGCCCUUCACCCUGGUGCGAUGGGCCGGCCCACUCGGCCCGCGCCUGGUGUCGGGGUGGACCUCUCGACGGUUCUCGCACCUCCCCGCGGACGAAGCCAAAGCACUGCACGAUUACUCGUACUCGAUCUUCAACCUACGCGGUAGCGGCGAGUACGCACUAGCAUACAUCCUCGCCCCGGGCGCCUUCGCCCGCAGUCCCCUAAUCCGACGCAUCCACGGCCUUGGCCGACAGCUACAGCAGCAACAGAAACAACAGAACGCAUCCUCCUCACCCUCAUCCUCAUCAUCAACGACCCCCGUCCCCGCAGAAGUAACCGACCUCUCCCCAGGCCGCGCGUCCGCCUCCUCCAUCGCCUCAAACCCCAUCUCCCAGCCACGCGACGCAUCCUCCGCGCAGCCCGUCGAGCGCGAGAACGGCCUCCCGGUAGUCUUCAUGUACGGCGACCACGACUGGAUGGACGUGCGGGGCGGAAUAGCAGCCAAAGCCAAGAUGGAGGAAGAACGGCGUCGGGCGUUGCAAGACGCGACGCCUGCACAGCGGAGCGCUGACCGCGGCACCGCCAAGGUCGUCGUUAUCCAGAACUCCGGACAUCAUGUUUAUCUUGAUGGGUGGGAAGAGUUCAACCGGGUUGUGUUGAAGGAGAUGGAGGAGGUGGGUGCGUCGGAGAGGGCGAGGCGGUCGAUUGAUUAGUUUGGGAUCUCUACCAUUCUAUUCACUAUUCUACCUUCACCUGCUUCGUCUGGUGUUUAGGUGCGCAGUGAGAACGUGACGGUAGAUUCACACUUACUUGCCUCUCCCAGGGGUCGGUCCCUAGUUUGUUGCUGGUGUUGUUGUCGAUAUCGUGGUAUUGACGCUGUUGAUGUUGCUGUUGUCGUGGUGUUGUUGGUGCUGACAUUAUUGUUGUGGUGGCGGUACUGAUGUUGUUGAUGUUGUGAUAUGUUUGGUUCUCCCAGCGCACUCUUCCCCCAGAGUGAUUUAGCCCACAGUCUUUUUCGUUUCAUUUUCCCCUUUUCCUUCCUUAUUUUCUCCCUUUUCAAAGCCAUGCAUGAUGUACAUAUAUCAUAUCAUAUAAGAUCAUUUCGAUCGGAUAGAUAGACG